CAACUCUAUUGUAAUAAUCGAAGCCGAAAUAAGGGCGAAGAAAAACACAAUGGAACCACUGGAUUACCACGCUGAGGAGAGGAGCAAGGCGUCGUUCGAUGUAGAAGAGAUGAAGAUCGUUUGGGCUGGUUCUCGUCACGCCUUUGAGAUCUCCGAUAGAGCUGCUCGUCUCGUCGCUAGUGAUCCGGUCUUUCGAAAGGAUAACAGAACUAUGCUUAGUAGGAAGGAGUUGUUUAAAGAUACUUUGAGAAAAACUGCUCAUGCAGUGAAGCGGACUAUUGAGCUUAAUCUCUCUGAGGAAGAGACACAUACAUUAUGGUUUUAUGUGGAUCAGCCUGCUUAUGCAAACCUUCAUUGGGGAAUGUUUAUACCUGCUAUUGAAGGACAAGGAACUGAGGAGCAGAAACAGAAAUGGCUGCCAAUGGCACAUAACAUGCAAAUCAUUGGAUGCUAUGCACAAACUGAACUUGGUCAUGGCUCCAAUGUCCAAGGGCUUGAAACUACAGCAACAUUUGAUCCUCAGACUGAUGAAUUUGUCAUUCAUAGCCCCACAUUGACUUCAAGCAAAUGGUGGCCUGGUGGACUGGGUAAAGUAUCCACACAUGCUGUGGUUUAUGCUCGUCUUAGAACAGAUGGACAAGAUUAUGGAGUGCAUGGUUUUAUUGUCCAGCUGCGUAGUCUGGAUGACCACUCUCCUCUUCCAGGCAUAACAGUUGGUGAUAUUGGAAUGAAAUUUGGAAGUGGGGCAUAUAACAGCAUGGACAAUGGUCUUCUGAGAUUUGACCAUGUGCGCAUCCCGAGGAACCAAAUGCUAAUGCGUCUUUCCCAGGUUACAAGAGAAGGGAAAUAUGUACAAUCUGAUGUUCCCCGCCAGCUGGUUUAUGGUACUAUGGUCUAUGUCCGACAAAUAAUUGUAUCCGAAGCUUCCUGUGCUUUGUCAAGGGCAGUUUGUAUUGCAACAAGGUACAGUGCUGUUCGUAGACAAUUUGGUUCAGAGAAUGGUGGUCCAGAGACCCAGGUGAUUAACUAUAAAACUCAGCAAAGUAGACUCUUUCCUUUGCUUGCCUCUGCCUAUGCUUUCAGAUUUGUUGGUGAAUGGAUGAAAUGGCUAUACACUGAUGUGAGCAAAAGAUUGCAAGUCAAUGAUUUCUCCACGUUACCUGAGGUUCAUGCAUGCGCUGCAGGGUUAAAAUCUAUUACCACUUCUGCAACUGCAGAUGCCAUCGAAGAAUGCCGAAAGUUGUGUGGUGGUCAUGGUUAUCUUUCUUGCAGUGGGCUUCCGGAAUUAUUUGCAGUUUAUAUCCCUAACUGUACUUAUGAAGGAGACAAUAUUGUGAUGCUUUUGCAGGUUGCAAGGUUUCUAAUGAAGACCAUUUCCCGGCUGGUGUCUGGAAAGAUGCCUGUUGGGACAGCGGCAUAUUUGGGACGAGUAGAACAUCUCAUGCAAUGCCAUUGUGAAGUUCAAAGGGCUGAGGAUUGGCUGAAACAUAGUAUUAUAUUGGAGGCAUUUGAAGCGAGGUCUGCUCGGAUGUCUGUUGCCUGUGCUGAAAGCCUUAGCAGAUUUUCAACUCCAGAAGAGGGUUUUGGUGAAAUCUCAGCAGAUCUGGUUGAGGCUGCCGUUGCUCAUUGUCAGUUAAUUAUUGUUUCCAAGUUCAUUGAGAAACUGCAGCAAGACAUACCAGGAAAGGGAGUGAAAACACAGUUGGAGAACCUCUGCAACGUAUAUGCAUUGUCUCUUUUACACAAACAUCUUGGUGAUUUCGUCUCCACUGGCUGCAUUACCCCAAAACAAGGUGCACUAGCGAACGAACAGCUCAGAUCACUUUACUCCCAGGUCCGCCCGAAUGCGAUUGCCCUUGUUGAUGCAUUCAAUCACACUGACCACUACCUUGGCUCGGUUCUCGGUUGCUAUGAUGGAAAUGUUUAUCAAAAACUGUAUGAGGAAGCGUGGAAGAGUCCGUUGAAUGAUACGGUUGUGCCGGAUGGUUAUGAUGAGUACAUUCGGCCACUUUUGAAGCAAAAUUUUCGUACUGCAAGACUCUAACAGUUCAAGUACCUUGCAGUUGGUUGAAUGUUAGAAUGAGGAAGGUUAGCUUAAAACUGGGCUUCCGCAACUAUUUAUCUUCUCUUACAGAUUAUGGCUCUGAUUUGUUGUUAUUUGCGGAAUUAAACGUCGUCGUAGGGUACCUUCGAUUCUUAAGUUACGUAGUGGGAUAAAAGUUAAAGAUGAUAUAUAUAUGUGUGUUUUAUAUAUCUAUUCUGUAAUAAAUAGAUGGAAAUUAAUUAAGUCUGGCUCGUUCAUUGAUUUA